GUUCAGAUAAUCGUCGCUGGUGUUGGCCGUGAGCCGGAAUUUAACUUGGGUCACCGGGUAUGUGGCGCUGCGCGCGAACUUCUACGCUGCCGCUCUCCAUACCCACCCAUUACACUGCUACCACGAGGCUCCUUUCCCUCACGACCAAACACGCGUGCACUCAGCAGAGGAAACCUCGUAAACAAACAAUUGUGGGCCGUGGUGCGCCACGUGCCACCACGGGACGCAUUUGAUCCAUCGGUCUCCGCUCGUUAAGUGAACAUUUGCUCGUUUUGCGAGCAAAUCGGGCUCAAUUCAAAUUGCUCGUUAUAACACAAAUUUUGAUAAAGAAUGCUCGUUCAGCAAAGGCAUGCCUGUGUGUAGUUAAUGCAAGACUUGUAAGAGGUGUUUAUUUGGUGUUAGAAAAUCUUAACACGUGUUCUUGAUGAAAAGGGUGAAGCCUAUUCUUUUUUUUCCAUCAGAGUAAAAUGUGGAUGAGCAAAUGCGAAUUGAAGAGAUGUGUAUUAUUCAGGAAAGUAAAUGGGCUUCAGUAGUACACGCCUCCAUGAAGGUAUAAUAGCUGCUGGGUAAAGUGACAGGAAAACGGGGGAACAAGCCCUAGAGCAGUGGUUCUUAGCCUUUGGUGACUACCCCUUUUUUAAUUUUGUUUCAACCGAGUACUCCCUUGCCUGUCCCAACAUGGUUCUGAGAAAUAACGGUAUGAAGAAUGAACAGAAAUAUUUUAACCAGUUGUCCUUUUUCGGAGGCAUCCUAAGUAGCUAGAAACUACACGUGAAUACAAAAAUGCAACGGAUGCUCUGCAUACAUGACAAAAUUUAUUUUACGCUCGCCGCUGGUUACUCUUUAAAACCACUGUUUGGGUCCAAUGAGUUUUAAAAAAAGCUAUAUUAUAUCGUUCUAGAUUACCAUAUGUAUUUAAAUGUUAUCGUAUUUAUUUUAUAUUGCCAGAUUCAUGCAUGAUUAUUCACCAAUGACUCAUGAUAUAAUUUCACAUUUAUAAUUCACUUGAAAUACCCCCAGGGUUCUGUGUACCCCUGUUUUAGAACCACUGCCCUAGAGUACAAACACCACUGCAGAGAUCAGCUCAUCCUUGAAGCCACAUGGGAUGUGGCACCAAAGGAUCACAUGGGAUGUCGUGGCGAUACCUUUAUUCACCAGUGGAUUGAAAGUGACCUAUGCCAUUUGUGGGGGUAUUUUAUUAUUUUUUAGUGAAAUUACCACGACAAAACUUCAAGAUCUAAUUCACGUAAUGGCAGAAUCAGUUUUCAUCGUACAUUGGUACGUUAGAACCUCUCCCCGUGACUGCCCUGUUGCCAUCCAUUCCAGCACUGCACCAGAAAUGAGCGGUACUGCUUUGCUUCCAGGGUUUGGUUCUCGUCAGUGGGCAUUGGGAUGUCGCAACUAUACCAUAAUAAAUGAUCUUUUUUGUUUCGUAAAAUCUCAGGUCCGUCCAUGACUUUCUUUGGGUUACAAUCUCAAAUAUAAACUUAUAUCCAUGGGGUCCUUUCAUCCGGUCCAUGAUUGAAGAUGAUACUUUGAGAUUUUACGUUUCCAACCAUUGCAGUCAUUUGUCAAUUUUAAGUGCUUGCAUUAUGCAGUAAUUUCAGCAUUUUGUAAUGUAUUGGCGAAAAAUAUGUAAACUAAAUUCCGUGUAUUUAAAAUGUUUUAUGUAUUAUAUUUUUUUCAGAGAUGUUUUGUUUUUGCACAAUUGCACUUCGUAACAUUAAAAGAAAUACGAUUCAUAAUUGGUAUAUUUUGGGUUUGGUCAUGUAAAAAUGUGUGUAAACGAUCCUCCAUCCGACAACGAAUUCAUAAGUGUCACGAUCAAAUGUGCCAAAUUUAUUGACGUUCAGCAUGAUGGUGUAUUUGAGGCGUAACCUCGCAACAUUUACACGAGUACAAUUGUUUCACUGGAGAUUACAUCCAGCAUCAUCAGGUUGUUAACAGAGCUCAGAUCUCAGGUGAAAGUGCUGCCUGAUCCGGGUCCUUAAGUAGAUGCCGUGUCAUCAUUGGCACAGUUAUGCACGUAAUGUAAUUUAAUAAUGGCAGGAGUUGGCUCGUGAGGAAUUUAGUUGUGUUAUAUAAUAUGGUUGAUUAAAUCAUUUAUAAUUACAUUUCGGGCACCACUCCAUAGCUUUCGGCUCUGUUGAACUGCUAAAUUUAUAACGACUAACCAACUUGUACCAUUUGCACGUCAUCAACUCAUUCUUUAUUAUAAUGUAACGAAUUAAAACACCAGCAAUCUAAAUAAAACUAUUAUGAAUAAUAAUAUUGGUCGUUAAAGCUCAUGUGUGUAUAUAUUUUUAAAAAUAACUGUAUACAGCUUUGGAUUAACAUGUUGCUUUAAAAUUUAGAAUAAUAUUUUUAUGCACAGUUUUUUUCCUGUCAUGUGUGUUUUUAAUUGUCCUUCAAUCAUAGAUGGGAAGUCGAAGGAAGUCACCGCAUUCAGUGAUUCUUAUUGAUGACACGGAUGUGGAUGAUGUCGAAAUUACCGGAGCAACAUUUAAGUCUCCAGAGGCAAGGUCUAGAGAUAGAAAGAAUGCAGACUGGGAGCUUGCAAAGAACAUUAAAGAAGAUCCAUUGGUGCAAAACGAUGUUCGGAUAACUUAUGUGUGCAAGCACUGCUCCUUCCGAGCGCAAGGCCUGCCAGCCUUUACGGAUCAUUUAAAGAGAGCGCAUCCCACUGCGGUGCCCAAUCCGAUCUACGUGUGCCGCCAAUGCAAGUUUCGCACGCCAAGCUACGAAAGCUUUAUGGAGCACAAUGCCGCCUCCCAUCCCACUCGCGUCCGGACAGAAAAGGAACCUGAGGUGCCAAAGCAGAUGACGGCAGCAGAAGUGUGCAAGAAGGGGGAAAACUCUUCUGCCAAGUGUGUUGCGGUCAAUGUACUGGCACAGAACAAAGAAACAAGUGCGCAAUUUUUGCCGCUCGACGGUGGGAUGAUAAGUGGCAAUUCCAGCGAUGAUGAAGUUGAGAACCAUCGAGGUAAACAAGUUGGCAAAAAUGAACCUCGGAAAGCUUCUGAUGUUCCGCGUGCGUCAAACGCACUGGAGGUGACAAAUAGAUCAUCAGCACAUAGAGCUCAUUUGGUGGAUAACAAAAUAUCUACCCCUAACAUUAAAGCGGUGAAUGACACAUCUACACCAAACACUAGACUGAUGAAUAUGGCAACACCUACAUCUCCCGCCAAUGUAGUGAAUCACGCAGUGCUACUCAACGCUCAUGUACUGAGUAGCAAAAUUAUUGCUCAGAAUAACAUGAAUGUUGAACCUUUGAGAACCACUAUAGGAGCAAACACAAUCCCCAUUCAGAAUGAGCUGAAAAUUACCACUUAUAAGAAAAUUGCUCCAAAACGGCCUGAUGUAGAACCUCUCUUCAACAUAAAACAAAAGUAUCAAGGAUAUCCUCCACCACAAUCGUCAAAAGCCAACCCGACACUGAAUGGGGGAAAAGAACCCUUGAAAAAGAUCUCGGAUAAUUUUUUAGACGUUCACACCACGUCCAGUGUGGAUGAGGAUUUGGACAAAACCAGCUCUUUGAGUGAUGAGUGCGCACUGACCAUCUCCAUACCUUCAAACAGUAUUCCAUCCUACAACCCUGCCAUGGAUCUAAACCCUUACCUUAUUAAUUCGCUAAGGAAGUUCCCUUACCCGCUGAGGACCGAGAUCUGCUAUUUGGCGGUCGUAACGGGUCACACCGAGUUGGAGGUGGCCAUGUGGUUUAUGGCGCAGCGUCUCCUCAAUGGGAUCAGUUGGACACCCGAGGAGGUGGAAAGGAUAAAGAGAAAGAGCUUCGUCACAAACUGUUUGCGCACCACGGGAAGAGUGCAGAGCGACUCCGGUUUCGCCUCUGAAAAUUCAUCCACGCCAAAUGGCAGAGAAACCGGUGAUGACAAUAGGCCAGCGACAGAAGAUAAACUAUCGAGUUCGAGCCAAACAAAAACCACCGUUGUGGUCCCAACUCCACAGCCCGUGAUCGAUACUUUAACUGUGAACAAGAAGCGCAAAGCAGAAGAGAACCUGCCCCAAAGUGUCACCAAUGGCAAAAAAUCCAAACGGAAAACACACGAGCAGUUAACACUUCUUCGAGAAUUCUUUAUGAAAAAUGAGUAUCCCAGCAAGCAGGAUUGCCAAGAACUCGCCAAGAAGACGAACCUGACCCCUUCGCAGGUGAUUAAAUGGUUCCAGCAUCAGCGAACAGACUCUCAGAACUCAGUGGAUCUUCCGGUGAACAUUGCUGAUAUUAAGUUGGAGCAAUCGGAAAAUAAAACUGCCAAGGAAGCGGCCUUGCCUCAGGUUUUGAGGGAUGGUGACCAAACACACAGCAGAUCUGAAAAUGUGAGAACGGCAUCUACAUACCUGCGAAACUACUACAUAAACAUGUUUCCUGAUUUCACUCCACCUAAAUUCAAGGAAAAGACGGAGGUGCAGUUGGCGGUGCUGGACUCCAGCUUUGAGCAAUGGCCGUGGCUCUUGGAGGACGAGUUGGAACGACUGCACACAGAGACGAAGUUGACUCGUCGUGAGAUCGAGGCCUGGUUCAAUGAUCAGCGGCAGCAGCGCGGGAUCCCAAAGGAUAACGUUGCCGUCGCGGAGCUUGCCGAAUCUCGCCACUUGAAAGUGGAGAGGACUGAAAAUGUUCCCCACAAUUCAAGUAUGGAAAAACUCAAUCCAAGCGGACCAUUGGAACCCGACAAAGGCAGCAUCGAGGUUGUUCUUGAGAACGACAACUCGAGCGAUGACUUGGAAGAGGACUGCGGCGAUGACAAUGAUGGGUACGACCAAGAAGACAGUGAAGAUGGCAGCACGAUGUCGCUUAAAACUGUCAAACUUCCACAGGGUCAGUUGAAUCAGGCACCGAUGUUGGGUAACCUCGAAGCAAGAACAGCGGAUACCACGCAAGGGCAGCGACGCUUUAAGACGAAGUAUCAGUUGGAAGUCCUUUCAGCCAGCUUCUCUCUGGACCCUAAACCCAGCAAAGAAGAAGUUAAGCGCCUUGUGGAAGUAACUAACUUGAGGCAACAAGAGAUUGUGUUGUUUUUCAAAAGGAAAUUAAAGGCCAAGCGAAGAAGUGAGAAACGCAAUAAAUCUUCCUCUGCAAAUGGUAAAAUUACUAUAACCACAAAAAAGGACACAGAAUCCAAGAAAACGAAUGACAGUCCAGGGCAUGCUAAAAAAUCCAAAACGUUGUCUCCUCCGCUCAGUACAAAGAAAACGAAAAGCCAACUUAACAUUCUCAAGUCUGUAUUUGUGCGAACGCAAUGGCCCACGAACGAAGAAUACACGCAAAUGGUGGAGAUGACAAAGCUGUCGCGAACUGUCAUUGUUGGUUGGUUUGGGGAUAUGCGCUACGGGUUCAAGCACAACCAUCUACGCUGGAUGCGUGACUUUGAUACUAUGAAAAAUGACAACGGCUUAAGCAAAAGAUCUACUUCGUCCGAGGAGGUAAAUAAAUCCCACAGUGACCCAUUGGAAACAACCUCGUCUUCAUCAAAGUCGAAUCUUGAUGAGAAAAUGAUUGUGGAUGAAGAAAACGAUGAAAAAGAUCAGCAAACGGAAGACGAGGACGAGAAAACGACAGAUUUUAAUUACAAGGAAGAUUUUUUUAAUUUCAAGGAAGCAAAAGCUGCUCGACGCGGGGAGCGCGGGGAUGGGUAUGCGGCUUCCGAUGUGACGGACAACAGCGACAACUGGGGCGAGGGGAAUGUCUCGGAGGAGGAGGGGCACUCCGAUGACAAGUGCAGCAAUGUAGACUACUUGGAGGUUAAAUCGGACCAGGCCACUGGCGACGGUGGCAAAAACUGGCCGUGAGCAAAAACAAUGACGUGAGAUGCAAACGAAAAUGUUAAUGACUUUAGCGAGUGUCAUCGGCCGCAUACGCACAUUUGCUCAAGGCACAGCUGUUGGCAAUUUAAGGACUUCCUGAAAAGUUAUCUCGUUUCCUCCCCCCGAGAGAACUGGGGGUUUUUAAACCGUUUUA